AUGGAAUCUACCAGGCGACGCCGCGAUGGGGCCGAUUUGCUGGCACUCUUCCUUGCCUGCCUGAUGCCCCUCUGCUUCGCGGCCCCGGAGAUGCCCUUCGAGCGCGUCCCGGCCAUGGGGGAUCCCGACGCCUUGAUAGGAGUGCCUUCUCCUCCCGAGUUGCCUUGCGCGUAUGAGGCUGAGUACACGUUUACGCUGCCAUACACUGCAAGCCUCCAAUCCACCCCCGUCUCAUACCCAGUGCACAUGUGGUAUGAGUGCACAACGGGUUCUCUGAGGAUGGACACCUACAAUGGCACUGACAAGAGCAUCUCAGUGAAGGGUGUGGUGCAGUAUGAGGUGGUGCCAAGAAUAGACGAGCUUGUUUGCCUGGAAUGGGAUGCAGACAGCGGAGAGGGAGACGAUCUGCUUGGAAACAAUGCCCUCCCUGACCCAUCAAACUGGUCGUAUGCCGGCGAUGCUUUCGUCGAUGGCAAGACUGCCACACAGUGGGUGUAUCGGGAAAGUCUCAUGGAAAAGGAUGAGACCUACAGGUUCUACUUCGAUGUUGCUACGGGAGAGCCCAUUCGGCUGGCAAUGAUGGGCACUGACUACUUUAGUGGGGCUCACUACGAUGAGUACAUCGUGAAAUUCAUGUCAUUCAAGACAGGCAUCUCGGAUCCUUCUGUAUUUGCAGUUCCAGAGUUGUGCGAUUAUGGCAAGGCUGUGCAUGUUGAAGGCGAAACUGCUGUGUACAUGAACAUGCGUGCAUUGAUUCCAAGGGUACAUGCAGGGGACGCUGAGUAUGACAGUUUUUCUGGCAAGUACGGCCGCUUCCACUCCAGCCCCUCAGAAUAUCGCAUGCGACUCGACCAUUAUAGGAGCAAUAAGCAAUUCAUUGAUGAAUGGAACAACCGGACGGAUGUGUCUCACAAGGUGGAAGUCAAUCGGUUUGCUGAUUGGACUGAUGCUGAGUUUCGGGCGACCAAAAUGGGUCUCCUGACUGCUGGUAAAGGUGCCUAUGGGGAUUUGUCUCCUUUGAAGGAAUCGAGGAUGUUGGCACCGGUGUACGAGAUGGGAGGCGCCAUUAGCGAUCUCCCUGAGGAGGUUGACUGGCAGCACACAGGUGCCGACACAGCUGUGAAGGACCAAGCAACAUGUGGCAGCUGUUGGGCGUUUGCAGCCUCCAGCGCUAUGUCAGCGGCCUACUACUUGAAGACCGGCACCCAAUACAGUUUCUCGGAACAGCAGCUUGUGGAUUGCGCGUGGGAUGAAGGCAACUAUGCGUGCGAUGGUGGCUGGGCUGAGACUGCCAUCGACUAUGUGGCGAAUGCUGGCGGCAUCUUACUGGAGGAUGAGUACCAAUACAAGGGCCAGGACGGCUUCUGCAAUGCUGACAAGUCAGAGGUGGCAGCACGCUUCAGCGGCUAUACUGCAGUUCCCUAUCGCAACAUAUCAGCCACGAAGGACGCCUUGUACAGGAAGGGGCCCAUGGCAGUGGCCAUCGAUGCCAACCACCCAGGUUUCCGGUUCUACAGCUCUGGCAUCUUCACGAACCCUGAGUGCAUGUUCGAGGAAGAAGAUCUGGACCAUGCUGUGACGCUGGUGGGCUAUGGCAAGGAUCCCGAGGGCAAGGAGUACUGGAAAAUACGCAACUCGUGGUCCAGGUACUGGGGCGAUGAUGGCUAUGUGAAGAUCUCCAUGGAGUACGACUGCGGUGUGACGACACGCCCCGUCUCAGCCGUGGUAGAGGAUUACGAGCCUGGCAGUCAAGCUACGGUCUGA